CCAGCCCCAGCAGCUAUAAAAUCCAAUGCAGAGGCUUUUUGCAGCUACAGAUGACGAGCAGAUUCAAGAGGAAACCGAAAUAACAGAUAACACAGAGGUGGAAAGAGGUCAGAGAAAGACAAUUAGACUCUGCCAGUCUACUGUUAGCAACAAUAAAAAAGCAUCAAGAGAAAGCACAAGCAGCAAAACAAUGGGAAAAGUUCACAGCAGUGAAAAGAAAUUCAGUGUUGCGUGUAAUAUAAAGAAAAGCUGGAGCAGUAAAAUAGAAGAUGGAAGCAAUGAAAACCUACCAAUAUUUAAACUCCAGCUGAAGGAAACAUGGAAGAACAGUGAUGGAUUCUGCAGAAGAUGCACAUUUGGGAAAGAAAAUGCAAAACCGAACAAGACCAUUAUGAUGAUCGGAGCCACAGGUUCAGGAAAAACCACUCUAAUCAACAGCAUGAUCAACUACAUUCUGGGAGUGCAAUGGAUAGACGACUUCCGGUUUGUGCUGAUAGAUGAAAGGAAGCAGAAAUCCCAGGCUGAAAGUCAGACAUCAGAGAUCACAGCAUAUCAAAUCAAUCACAUGGAUGGUUUCCACACUGAAUAUUCUCUGACUAUUGUGGACACACCAGGCUUCGGUGACACCAGAGGAAUUUCACAUGACCAGAAAAUCACAAAACAGAUUCAGGAGUUCUUUUCUGCCCGAGGAGGGAUCGACUGCAUUGAUGCCGUGUGUUUUGUAGUACAGGCUUCACUUGCACGUCUAACACACACACAGAAAUACAUCUUUGACUCCAUUCUUUCCAUAUUUGGGAAGGAUAUCGCUGAAAACAUCCUUGUAAUGGUCACCUUUGCAGACGGGAAAACACCUCCUGUUCUCGAGGCCAUCAAAGUCUCUGAGGUGCCCUGUUCUACCAACGAGUCUGGAGAACCACUUCACUUCAAGUUCAACAACUCUGCUGUGUUUGCUACCAAUAAUAAAUCUGCAGAGGAUGAUGACUCUGAUUGUGAAAACUUUGAUCAAAUGUUCUGGAAUUUAGGAUUUUCUAGCAUGAAGAAAUUCUUCACAUCCCUCAACAAGAUGACAACCAAGAGCUUGUCUCUGACACAGGAGGUCCUAAAAGAGCGGCAACAUCUGGAAGUGCAUGUGGAAGGCCUCCAGCCCCAAAUCAAUGCUGGUCUGACAAAACUGGAUGAAAUCAAGAAAACAAGAGCUGCUCUGCAGCAGCACAAGGCUGAAAUGGAUGCAAACAAGAAUUUUGAAUUUGAAAUACAAUCAAUUGUCCCAAAACAGAUUGAAAACAAAACAGGCUACUUUUUGACCAACUGCCAGAAGUGUCACUUCACAUGUCAUGAUAAAUGCACUAUUCCAAACGACAAAGAUAAACAUGGUUGCGUGGCCAUGAAAGAUGGAAAGUGUACAGUCUGUGCAGGAAAGUGUGCUUGGAAUGUGCACUUUAAUCAACAAUACAAAUGGACUUACGUCACAGAAAAGAGACAGGGAACCUAUCAGGAUUUAAAGAAGAGAUUUGAGGCUGCACAUGGACAGGUCAUGUCAAAAGAAAAGAUCUUUGAAGAACUUGAAAAUGAGCUUAGGGUUUUUCAGGGUAUUGUCGCUGGAUUAAUUGAAAAAUCUCAAAAGUCCUUGGAGCGGCUGCAGGAUAUAGCUCUCAAGCCCAAUCCUCUUUCCACCCCUGACUACAUUGAUCUGAUGAUUGAGUCUGAGAAACAUGAAGCCAAGCCUGGAUUUCAAGAUCGCAUUCAGUCUUUAAUGGAAGUAAGGGAGAAGGCAGAGAUCAUCAUUAAGGUUUCUACAGGAGAAGCACUUCCAGAGGAUUGGAGAGCAUAUACAUCCCAGAAAGAUGAAACUUUUGAUCAAAGCACCUUCUGCAGGAUGCAGGAAGGUUUAAAGAAAUGGUUCAAAUGAAAGAAACAAGUGUUACAUUUUAAAUGACAAUGUCAGCAUAUUUAAAAGUAACAGCUUAGAGCUCUUACCCUUUAUCUUUAAUUUCUAUAGACUUUACAUUUUAUUUUGUGGUAAGAUGAUCUAUAUGCAUUUUUAUGACACAAUAAGGCAUAUGGUUUUCAUCCCCAUUCCAUGAUAAAUAUUAUUUUUCCCAACAGCUUGUCUUAUGGAAAAAAAGGAAAAUUGCAUAUAAAACUAAUGAAUAUUAUACAAGUAUUGAAUAAACUGAAUAUAUAUUAUAAAUGACCAGAUAAUAUGAGAAUACCAUGGCUUUUGUGUGAUUAGGGCUUUAAAAAAAUAAAGCUUUUAAAGAA